AACAAGAUUCUGAACAAGUACCUGUUGAGAAUGAAAUUGUUCAAUAUCUUUCUUUACCAUAUACAGGGUUCAAGUUACCUUCAGAACAGGCAUUCUCUGUAGCCACAAAUACAAUAACCAAAAUUCGAUAUAAUUUAAAACCAGAUACUGUACAUGCAGCUAUGUGUCUUAAAAGCUGGAUUCAGCAAAUACGUGAUAAAAAAGAAAAAGAAAUUGAUAUAGAAAAUUUUUUUCUUUUAGAAUU